UAGUUUGGGAAAAUAGCCUUUCGUUUCUUACAGUAUGUGUGCAAUAGAAGAGCCUUGGGUGUUAUUGUGUGUUAUUGUGUGUUUUGAUCCUUUUACUACUGUAACCUUUUGGAUUUUGGACAUUAUCAAAAUUACUUUAAAUGAGAAAAUAUUUCUAUGUAGAAUUGCGUUUAGUCUCGUCGCAGAUCUUAUGCGUUUUUUGUCGAGGAUUCGCUCAUUUGGUGUUCAUCGUGCAUUUUGUCAAUCUUGGCUUACUGUACUACAGCACCUAGCCUGGAAUCCAGAGCUCGUUCGGCUUUUUGGGAAUCCUAUAUCAUCUUGAACGUUUUACAUUUUCUGCUCUUAGAGCUCCCCAGAAACUGUGGAGCAAUUGUAAAGUGACGCAUUCUGAUCCGUGAUGUUAAAAAUGAUGUUAGACAUCAUGUAACCUAAUAAAAACACUUUGUAGUUUAAAUCGGAGGUGCAUUCGGAAGCAUGUUGAAUUCAGCACAUUAGAGCUGAAUUUUAAACUGGGUGUUUAGCCUGUUGUUGCACGUUUUGAUUUUGGACACAGAAAUUACUAGUUCGCAUAUUGGUAGGGUCAGUUAUGUUGAAUGUACUGUAACCUUCGUCUUAGUUUCGGGGUAAGCACGUAUCGUACAAUGCAGGAAUAGUUACUUGGCUUCUGUAUCCUACAGCUAAGGGCUGCUUUAAAGUUUUAGGCACUGUUUUGUCCGGCUAGGGGGAGCUAGUAUUCCAGGUUAUUGACCCUUUGAGUUUCAGCUAUUUCGUGUUACUGAUAGCUGUUUAAUAGUUAACGCGGUGUUGGAAACAGAACUACAUGCAUUAGUGACAUUUGCCACAGAGUAAAUUGGAAUUGCAGGUUUUCGUCUAGAUUUCAAAUUCCUGUACACCUGUUGUGUUGCAAACGGGUUUUCUGAGAUCAUGUUUCUGCAGAAUUCAGCUGAGUCGUACAAGUUACAGGACUGUUAAUUAUUAACAGAGAAUUGACCCAUAACACAAAAGGACUUGCCAGCGUAACCUUACCAGAACUAGCCAAGGAUUGAUUCUUAGACUACCUCCCACUUUUCAUACUGCAGAAGAACAGCUCAGGAGAGAGUGCUGAAAGUAAUUGAAUAUCCUACUUGGAGUCCAAGGAGGGGACAGAGCGGGAUCUCUGUAGACAAUGCGGUGAAGUGGAAGGGAAGGAAAGAUACGAGAGAACCUUUACCCCCCUCCCUCCCUUGAUCCCUUGCCCCACCCCAGACCCCCCACUUCCUCCCCCUCUGCUGUUGAAGAUGCACUGUAUGGGAUUGUGAGGCGGCAACACAAGUGCUGACAACACACCGGUGAAGCGAAGAUGCGGCCAUGGACAGGUUCGUGGCGCUGGAUCAUGCUUAUCCUUUUGGCCUGGGGGACCCUGCUCUUCUAUAUUGGAGGCCACCUAGUCAGAGACAAUGAUCACCCCGACCGUUCCAGCAGAGAGCUGUCCAAAAUCCUGGCCAAGCUAGAGCGCUUGAAACAACAGAACGAGGACCUCCGCAGAAUGGCUGAAUCUUUAAGAAUUCCUGAAGGGCCCAUUGACCAGGGACCUGGAGCAGCUGGCCGGGUUCGCAUUUUAGAGGAGCAGCUCAUUAAGGCCAAAGAACAGAUCGAGAGCUUCAGGAGAUCAUCUGGAGAUGCAGGUCCAGGACAAAAUCAGGAAAAGUUACGACGCAAAGUUGAGAAUGGCGUUAAAGAGCUGUGGUACUUCAUCAGGAGCGAAUUAAAGAAAUUAACACAUGCCGAGCCUGGUGAACUCCAAAAACACACUGAAGGGCUAUUGGAAGACUUGGGACAUCAACAAAGGUCCAUCAUGACAGAUCUGUACUACCUCAGUCAAUCUGAUGGAGCUGGUGAGUGGAGGGAGAAGGAAGCUAAGGACCUGUCGGACCUGGUGCAGAACAGAAUAUCGUACCUUCAGAACCCUAAGGACUGCAGCAAAGCCAGGAAAUUGGUGUGUAACAUUAACAAAGGCUGUGGGUAUGGUUGCCAACUUCAUCAUGUUGUCUACUGCUUCAUGAUCGCCUAUGGGACCCAGCGCACGCUCAUCCUGGAGUCCCAAAACUGGAGAUAUGCCACCAGUGGUUGGGAGACUGUCUUCAAACCCGUUAGCGAUACCUGUACAGACAGAACUGGCGCCUCCACUGGGCACUGGUCAGGUGAAGCAAAUGACAAAGAUGUCCAGGUAGUGGAGCUGCCCAUUGUGGACAGUUUGCACCCUAGACCACCGUACCUGCCACUGGCUAUUCCCGAGGACCUUGCAGACCGGCUGGACCGUCUUCAUGGUGACCCCUCAGUGUGGUGGGUCUCCCAGUUUGUGAAGUACCUCAUCCGUCCACAGUCCUGGCUAGAGAAGGAGAUUGAGGAAGCCACAAGGAAACUGGGGUUCAAGCAUCCUAUAAUUGGGGUCCAUGUACGAAGGACUGACAAGGUAGGGACAGAGGCAGCCUUCCACCCCAUUGAGGAGUACAUGGUUCAUGUGGAGGAGCACUUCCAGAGUCUGGCCCUGAGGACCCACGUUGACAAGAAGCGCGUCUACCUAGCAACUGAUGACCCUUCUUUAUUGCAGGAAGCAAAAGCAAAGUACCAAGAUUAUGAAUUCAUAAGUGACAAUUCCAUAUCUUGGUCUGCGGGCCUGCACAAUCGCUACACAGAGAAUUCACUGCGGGGUGUCAUCCUUGAUAUUCACUUCCUCUCCCAGACAGACUUUUUGGUCUGUACUUUCUCAUCACAGGUUUGUCGAGUGGCCUACGAGAUAAUGCAAACCCUCCACCCUGAUGCCUCAUCAUAUUUCCAUUCACUGGAUGAUAUCUACUACUUUGGAGGACAGAACGCUCACAACCAGAUAGCCAUAUACCCUCAUCACCCUCGGACUGGAGAGGAGAUCCCUCUUGAGCCGGGUGAUGUCAUAGGGGUAGCUGGGAACCACUGGGAUGGUUAUUCCAAAGGAAUCAACAGGAAGAUUGGCCGAACAGGGCUAUAUCCAUCUUACAAAGUGAAGGAAAAGAUAGAGACAGUGAAGUACCCAACGUACCCUGAAGCCGACAAGCAGAUGCAUCACUGAACUGAUGGAGAGUGUUACUGGGUUUUUCCUUAAUGCACACUCAUCUCAGCUUGGCAUUCACUGGGAAAGGGUACCUGCUUUCGGUUGUAAAAAAUAAAAAAAAUCUACUGUUACAUGAAGGAAUUGUGAUCACCACUGUUUCUAAACAGGAACUGGACUAAUGGUUGAUACUUAAGACAAUUCAGAAGUACCAUCUGCUGAAUGGGUUGUUGUUGUUUUUUUUUAAGGAACACCUUAUCCCUCCCUGUUUUCAUUGAAUGUAUCCUACCCAGGAACCAACCAAUCUCUUUUUACUAGAUAGACUUCACCCCCACCCCAGCACCACAGCUUAUUCAUUGGGUCCGAUCAUUUGCUAUUAAUUUACAAUCCUUAAAAUUUCACACUGCCAUUUUGUGCUUUUAAUGAGUGAUAUGAACAUUUUUAGUUGUUGUGUGUGUCUGAAUACGGUGCCUAAAAGAAUUAAAAUUCAAUGGCUUUUUUUUUAAUUGCGCUGUUGUGAUCAGUAUUGAAACCGAAGUGAAAUUUGAUCCUUAACUGUAAGAUGCUUCUUGCAUUGAGAACUGUGCCUCAACUGCAAGGCACAGAGAAGUCUGAACUCCAUGAAUGGUUCAUUUGUUUGUUUGUUUGUUUGUUUGUUUGUUUGUUUUUAAACUUUUAACCUUAUUGAGUUUUAAUAAAGAAAAAAAGUCAAUUGAAAUUAUCAUUGUCAUUACAAAUUUUGGUAGCUCAUGAAGAAAUUUUCAUACUUUUAAGUUUAUGGGCAUUGUCUUUGAUAAAGGAACAAAUAAAUCUGAAUAAGCCAUUUAGUGUGUUCAUUUCUGAUUCUUCUUUUAGAUCUUUAGAUUAAGCUGGACCACAUUAUUCCAAUAUUAUUAAUCCUGACAGGGCUUCUAGGUAUGCUUUUAUACAAUUUGCAGCAGUGUGUUUUAAGUGUGUUAAAAGUCAAAGUCACACACUUAAAUUUUAAGUGAUAAUUAGAAAUACAAAUAAUUUAGAAAUUAAAAAAAACAAUUGUUCAGACAUGUUCACACAUGUACUUGGUUUGAAGACUAAACAGUUUGGGAUGUGGGACGUCAGCUGCCUGGCUGGAAUAUGACAGCUUGAAUGUUGGAACACUCCCACUUGGCGGGCAGAGCAGAGAGAUGAAUGCAAGUGGAAGGAUGGAGGUUUGUAUGACAGAAAAUGAAUACUGAAAAGGGGGUAUUCAGAUGCCUUCAAACAUCAGAAACACCAGAAAUCCUCCCAAAUGAUGUGAGAGACCGAUAAACUCUUACAGAAAAGUUAUUGCUGCUGAAGGGGGUUGCACGUUAUUGAAUCACGGGGUGCACUUACUUUUUCACUAAAGGCUUCUGAAUGUUGCCUGAUUUUUUUAUUUAAUGAAGAAAAUGUGUGUGCUAUUUGUCACACGAGAUUAGAUUUAUCUACUGGACUAUGUGAAGGUCAAAUAUGUAUUAAUACUGUAUAUAAAACCAUAGAAUCUUAAGAAAGUGUACUGUAUUUUAUUUUUCACAUCAAUGUGUUUCUUGUACAGUAUUGCAAUAACAAUUCAUUCAAACCAUUUAGUUGCAGACUGCAAAUUUGUGUGCAAAUUGUUACAGGCAUUUCAAAUUUAGAGAGAGAGGACCUAAUAAAAGAUUAAGUUUACAAUAACAAAAAAACUCCCUGCAGAGCCUGGUAUUUCAGCUGCAACUGGUUUUCUUAAUCCUAAUUUACUGCCAUAUUCGAGUCAACUAGUAAGAAACUGUUCUAAAGAAAGAGUGCUUAUUGUAAUAUUUUAAUUUAGCCCACUUGCUUUGUGGAACAAAGGGAGUUGAAGCCUCCCUAUGAGAAACCAAAGAACACACUUGGAUAGAGUAGUCUAGAUGCAUAUAUUUAUACCCUACUAAGUAGGGAAAUGGAGGAUUUAGGUGUUGUCUUCUGCUUGAAAUUCCAUUAUGACUUAACUGCUAUAAACCAAGGAGUCAUUGAGUAAGACUUACAUUAUUCUGUCUAUUGCUGCUUAGUCUUGGGGAAUUAGGGUUAUAGUACUUCUUUAAUUUUAUUUUUAAAAAUCUGUUCUGGACUUGGAUUAAGUAGUUUACCAAAGUUGGGCAUCCAUCUGUAAUGUGUGUUAAAAUGUUAUUACUAUGAUGAGAGGAAUCAAUAUUUUCAGGAGACAGACUAUGAGUAAUCACAGUUUGUGGUAAUAUCCAAAAACAGAAAUAAUAAAUUGUAGUUCAGGGUGCAACUACAAUACAUAAUUAAAGAGGAUACUAAAAACUU